AUGGCUUUCGAACUGGCAAAAGACUUUGAGUCCUACCAUUUGAUACCCCAGUCCGUGGACGUGGCAUUGAACCCUCCCGAAUCAUACUUUUUCAUAACCGACUUCCUGAUAAUAUCCUGUGGCGUCCUCUACACAUUCUGUUACAUCUUCUACACCAUCCGCACAUACUCGGACCGCUACCUAGCCGGCACCGUGCAGUUUCUGUCUGCCACCAUGGCCUACGAAAUCUACUACGCCUACGUGUGCACUACCACGACCUUCCAACGAGCGUGCUUUUUCGUGUGGUUCCUUUUCGACAUUACUUUCGUAACGGUAGCACUAAAGUACGCGUAUGCGGAUGGAGAACGAAGAAAAACGGUCUGGAAGCUGUUGUGGCAGGUUCCGGCAUGGAUGGCGUUGCUGUGGUAUCUUGGGAGGUUGUGGCCGGAUGAGAGGGAGCAGAUGACGGCGUUUUGGACGGGGUUGUAUCUUGAGUUGCCGAUUGGGUGGGGCCAGGUUUUGUAUCUUGUUCGACGGCGGGAUACAAAGGGGCAGAGUCUUGAGAUAUGGAUUACGAGAUAUCUAGGCUGCAUUACUGCAUUCCUAGUGUUUAUAUGGCGGUACAUUAACGUCCCGGAGAACUGGGCGUACGUGGGGAGCUGGUGGAGUAUUGGAGGGAUGAUUGUUACGUUGUUGCCGGAGACGGUGUAUCCGUUCUUUUACAUUUGGGCACAUCGGAAGGAGAGGGAGAAGGCUAAAGUUGUGUGA